UUGAAAAAUAUUUUUGUAAAUAAUUUUUUUUUUUUCAGAAUCGAAAAAAGAUACGAAGUGCAUUUAAAACGUGGAUUAAGCGAAUUUUGCGUAAAAUUUUAUGGUCCAAAAGAAACUCCAUAUGAAGGAGGUGUUUGGCGGGUUCGUGUUGAUAUUCCCGAUAAGUAUCCGUAUAAAUCACCGUCAAUAGGUUUCAUGAAUAAAAUUUUUCAUCCAAAUAUUGACGAGGCAUCAGGUUCUGUUUGCCUCGAUGUAAUCAAUCAAGCAUGGGCAGCCGUAUAUGAUCUCGCAAAUAUUUUCGAAUCGUUUUUACCUCAUCUUUUAACGUAUCCUAAUCCAAAUGAUCCAUUGAAUGGCGAUGCUGCUGCAUUAUAUUUGCAUCGUCAACCGGAAUUCGCGAGGAAAGUUAAAGGCAAAAAUUUAUUCUCUUAA